GCAUCCCCAAAGUACUGCUGAAAUAAAAAUCUCGUAAUUUGUUCCGCGCGCGCUGUAUCAGUUUGGUUUGUAACGUAUAUCGCAUAAAGACCAUACAAAUCGUACGAUCCUCCGAGGCCGGCCACGUACGUACCGGUACCGUAUGUUUACGUGUAAACGGAUUCUAGCAGACGCCGAAUCAUUAUGCAUAUAAACGGUAUAUAUGUAUGCAGCAUAGUACAGUACACGCUGCGAGCUGCAUGUGUGAGUCUAUGGUAAAUUAAGCGGUGUUAAGCAUGCAGAUUGCCCAAGACAGGUAGCAGCAGCUUAUACAAUUUAGCAAUUAUCAGGAUUAGCCAAAGAUCUACAAAUUAAAGACUGAACAUGGCGCUUGAAGAGCUGAUGCGUGAACUCUUUCUGAAUCCAAUCAACCUUGGGCUCUUGUCGGUAUGUGGCUAUUUGCUUUAUAAGAUCGUCCGAGGUAACAGAACACCACCGGAGCCUCCACAGCCGCCCAGCCUGCCGAAGAUGAAGAGGAGAGAUUUCAAGGUGUCAGAACUAACAGAAUACGAUGGCAUAAAAAAUGAAGGGCGCAUCUUGGUUGCUGUGAAUGGAAAAGUUUUUGAUGUCUCAAGAGGGAGAAAGUUUUAUGGCCCAGAGGGUCCUUAUGGUGUUUUUGCUGGACACGAUGCAUCAAGAGCAUUAGCAACAUUCUCAUUGGAAAAAGAAACGUUGAAAGAUGAGUUUGAUGAUCUCACAGACCUCACCUCUGAACAGAUGGACAGUGUGAGAGAAUGGGAGAUGCAGUUUAUGGAAAAGUAUGACUACAUUGGAAAGCUUCUGAAGCCAGGGGAAGAGCCGACAGACUAUUCUGAUGAGGAAGAAUCAGAUAAAAAGGACAAUUAACAUUCUCAUCUGUUUGGAUUCAAGUAAUUCACCUGCUAUUGUUCUUCAUAAUCUUCAAAUCAAAGAGUGCCGAAGUUGUACAACUUUCACGUCCUCCCCAUUUCCUCGAUGGCUUUUUUCCCCACUGCUUUAUUGAUCGUGAACUUGGACAUUUUUUCUCAUGAUAUUCACAAAUGAUGAAGAAAACGAGUAGUUGCUUGUUUGUUUUAUGAUUUUGAGAUAUCAUUAAAAAGAGAAUCAGCUUAGCUUGCUUUAUGGCAUGCACGUGGCUGUCAUAUCCAAUCUGUCUUCAGUCUAUUUUUUAUACAAGACACAGGGGAUGUUUCACAUAGAUUUAAGUAUGACUUAAGAGUCGCACUUAAAUGCCGAUGCAUACAUGAUAUGCAAUGCGCAAUCUUAUUGAUCUAUACGCAGUAGUGCGCAUCUUCUUUGCAUGAUCUGACCAACGCGGUCAUCCCUUUUAUAUGCUUAAAUCUUUGUGAAACACCCCCCUGGAUUUUCAAAUGAAUAUAUGGCUUAUUCUUUAUUGGACGGUCAGGUAUUGACUCAACUUUUUUUUUAAAGAAAGAAAUUGAUGUGAACAGUGUUGUAUAAAAGUUGAAAUGAAUAUAAGAUUACAUUAUGUGAAAAUAUACUGUAUUUUGUACUGCAAAAGAACAUUGAGCUUGUACCAUUCAGAAAUAAAUGUUUGUAAUGUCUACUCAUGUACAUAUGUAUUCUAUGUUGGCUUAUGUUUAAAACCACUCAUGAUCAACUCAUACCCUGGUACAGUAGAUUAUGAAUAUUGACUAAGCUUGUUCAAUUAUCUAUGCUAUAGAAGACAUUGUUGUCCACAUGGUGUGACCAGGGUGGUUUAAAAUACAUCCAUGGUAUGACCUUUGUUCUAUGACACAGACAAAGCUAAUUCACUGCAAGCCAACGUGUAUUUUUCAAUGGUUAAAACCGAUAAAUACAUGUAUAUUUUGUAAUCAGUAAUCUGCAUCUGCAGAUUCUUAAUGAGCAUUAUGCUGUAUAUCUUAUGUUGGCUAUUAAACCCUUGUAUCUCAGAAUUAUUAUUUUUUCAAUGAGGUCAUCUAUGAAAAAUCUGUAUUUUAUAAAUAUAUGGCAAUUAUGACAUCCAUACAAGGCCUGAAAAUAGUUUCAUAAUUCCUGUUAAAAACUAUUUCCAGGCAAAAUGAUGUUGCCACUUCUGUAAUAAUUCAGAAAUAGAGCUCUUUUUUUUUUGGAGAGGAUAAUCUAUAGAGAUGAACAUUUGGAGAAAGUGUCACUCAAAACCACCAUUUAUAAUUUCAUCAGAAAGAUUUCUGGCAGUUUCUUCAAUGAAAUGUACAGUCUAGGUAAAAUCUCAUGCUUUGUUAUCAAAACUGUUAGUAAAGAAACAGGUGCUUGAGAGAGAUGGUUACUAUUUGUGAAAUCUUCCCUCUUUCAGUCGGUCAUUAUAAUACUUUUGAUACCACAGGCACAUCUGCAUUAUUUACAGACUCUAGGCUGACCAAAGAUACUCUAUUAGUUUAUUUUCAGUGACGUACCCAUUUGUCGAUUUAGAGUUGGUUUCCAUUGGUGUGACUAACAUUACUCAGACUGUAAAUGGCAAAGAUCCUUCAGGGCCCCGUCUUACAAAGAAUUGCGAUUGAUCCAAUCAACCACAGUUAUGGACGGCCAGGUACGUGAAUAUCUCAAAUGCAAAUUUUGUUCAAAAUAUUUUCUAGAUAUGAUGUAUAUUCAUACAUUUAUAGUUCUCUUGAAGAUUCAGUGUUAUUCUCUUUGUUUACUAAGGAAAUUGUGUGAAUUUCCUGAAGAAAAAAUUAUGGUAUGGAUGGAUUUCCAUACAUUUGAGAUUGAUUGGACCAAUCGCAACACUUUGUAUGACAGGCCCUGGCAUCCAAGGCUUUAAUCGGUUAUGGAGACAUGAGGUCCAUAUACUGACCAAUUUAUUGUACAGCAUAGAUGCAGCUCUGUGUUUGAAGUUUAACUGAUUGUAUUGAAACAAUAUGAAAAGGGAAGUUAGGUGGUUGGUUUCAAGUACAGACUCAUUAGAUCACAGGGAAUAAUUUUCCUGGUAUCGCAUCGCAAUUUGCUCCACAUUUCUGAAAGACUGCUUUGCAUAAAGUCUUUUGUAAAGCAUAUUUGUACAUAGGACUGUACAUUACUUAGUUGAGAGCUUUUCUCUUAUGACCAAAAAUGCUAUUCAAAUAUGUGAAGUAAAUUAUUCCCUGGAUCAUAUUUUUGUUGCAUGUUCGAUAGCAGGUGAAAUCAAUGAGAAAAAAAGUAUUUUGGAUAAUAUAUAGUUAAAAAGUGCCUGAAACACGUUGCAGACAUGAGCUAUGUUUAUUGGAAUGUUGCAAGGAAUUUUGCAAGUCAAUUUGGAGUCAAAAUAUCAAUCAUAAGUCUGGCAAUUGAUUGCAAAUUUGCACUUGAUUGCUGGUUUGCUUGCAAGAAAAAGCAAUUUUCUAUAGUUACAUCUUAUAUAUCAAUUGUAAAUUGGCAACAGACGUUUGCAGUUGAUCGCAAAUAUUUUCUUGUAACACCCCCUUAGUGUAUAUACAUACUGUGUACAACUUACAACCUUUAAUAGAGAGAACAAAGUAGAUAAAUUGAUUUGCCUCAAAUACACAACCGUAAACUUUACCGUCAUUGAUUAAUGUUCUCAUUGUGCACAUAUUUCUCGCAAUCAUUAACAUGUACUUCGCUGUAAGGAGAUGGAUCAAUAUUUCACAGUGGAAUAAGCAUCAUAACUAGGGUAUGAAUCAUAAGUCAUGAAUUAUGUCUUUGUACUUAUUCUGCCAUAUGCUUGUGAAGUUGUAAUUUGGUUUCAGUUUGGUUGUAAACUUAAUUGCUUGGAGUUACAUAGGAGGUGUAUACAUGUAUGGUUUUUUUGUCCUUAUUUUUGCAUGGAAUCAAAUCCAAAUUUGAGCAUAAAACUGUACACAUAGGGAAUUACAUAAGUAUAUUAUUUUAUAGAUAUUUUUAAAAUUUAAAUAUGUCAUGAACUGAACCACCCUUGUUGAUCUGAGCCAUUGUUUAUGAACUUCAAUGUGGCUCAUUUAUCGAUAAAUUAUUAGAUAAUUGUUUUUAUCCUGGUAGUGCAUUGAGCAAGGUUAUACCACUCAUUCUAGAAUAUUCCUAGAAGCUUUCUAGACAUUUCAAUCAUUGGGCUUGUAUAUUUUAUUAUAGCAUGACAUUUUGGGAAAUUCAUUCAUAUUUUGUAUCUAAUAUUUUUUUUUCAUAAAAUUAAAAACUAUUUUUGUAAGUGAGUAAAUCUUCAAAGCAUUGGCACAAAAUACUUCAUGUAUUACUUUAACUUUAUAUCCUAAAGAUUUAUUCAUGUUCUAUUUUUUAAUUCAUGAGUAAUACUCCUCAGUAUUAUGUGUUAUGAUUGAUAAAACUAUAGAGGUCUUCCUAAUGAAAUACAGCUAUUGUAUAGGGGGAGGGGUGCCGACUUAUUAAUAGAACGAUGAAUCAUGGUUUAUUAAAGGAGGAUAGGCGCAUGCUUAUUGGUAAUUUCCCCCUUUGUUCAGGACACCUGUCAAAAUGUUUCUAAUUUUUCAUUAUUUGUGUUAAUUAUUGGUGUACUUUUGUGUUUAAACUCCUUGCCAAUCCCCCAUUCAUGUUGAUGUCAGAUGUAUUAGUAGAAUUCAUCUUCCCUUUUGGGAGGGGGAUGGGUUAAUUACUCUCAAGGAAUAUUACCUUACAAUUAAUCUUUUCUCUUUUACAAUGUACAUCAUCAAACUAAAAUUUAUCAACAUGACUUUUAUUUGUAAUUCCUCAAUCCCAUCUCAAUUUUCCACAUUCACCAUAUUUUCACAAUUCUAAAUAAUGCUUGUCAUCAACUUUAUAAAGGUACACAUACCUGUUCACUGUAGUUUAUUUGUUGUAUCACCUGUAUACUGCACUACAAGGUUGUUGUCGUCAACGAUUGCUGCACAAUAAGUUUUGUGAUUUAUGCUUAUGAUAGUAUUGUAAAUAGAAAUGAAUAUACUGCAUCUUCUGGUGGUUGUCUUUAAGUCAGUAUGAUCCAUUUAAUCAUGGUAAACAACCAGAAUAGCAUUGUACUAGGCAGAAUAAAAUUACAUGUAGGCCUUUCAAUUCUUAGGUGGAUUCUCAACAAUGUUCCAUCGAACAUAAACCUACAUGUAGGCUACAGUAUAGUCCCUGUUGUAUCUCUUUGUUAUUGAAAUGUAUACUAAAUAUCGUUUGAUGAUUUGUGAUGUCCUGAUACGAUUUUUUUCACUGCAUGAACUAUUUUUCAUGUGACUCAUCAUCAAUGCAAGUAAUUGUAUUUAAGAGAAAUCCAUAGUGAGAUGCAGUUGUUGGCUUUUAAUCACUGCUUUACAAACCUGGUAAGCUACAUAUAAAAUCUAGAGGUUUUAUAUAAAUGAGUUGAGAUUUCUAAACUUGUUUGUAAUUGUGUUCUUAUUACAUUAACAAUACUGUAUGGGCAGCAUUCAUAUUUGUUUUUCAUUAUUAUUAAAUACAAAUUUGAGCAAUGGAUCACAAUUGAAUUUCUAAGAAUGAUGGUGCCUGGGAGCAUUUAUUCAUGCAUGCUUUUGAUAUGUUUGAAAUGAAAUGAAAUUAUAUUGUUUAGAAAUUUUAUUUUUGCACGAAAGAUGCCCAGCUAGAUAUUAUCCUCUACUCUAAGACUGCUGAUAUAUAUUUGAUAAAGUAAGCACAGUACCAAAAAGAAAGAAAAAAAAUCUCUACAUUUAUUAUUUUCAAGUAUGAUUUGGAAUACUGGGAUGUGAUACGUACUUUAUAUGUUUGCUUAGUGUAAUGUUAUGAAUUCAGAAUUUUACCUUGCCAAUUGUAAUAAAGAAAAGUUAAAUUUUACAGUCUUUAAAAACAGUAAAUGCUUGCUUGCUAUGUGCUAGCUAGAAGCCUCUGUUGUCAAUUUUAUGUUUUAAUCAGUCUAAUGUUUAAUGAAGUAUAAUUGUGAAUUUGAAUGGCAGCUUCAUAAUUGUAUUAGUUAUGGCUCUUUGUUUUCAUUGCGCUUUUGUCUUCUUUUUUAAUGCCAUGUUUCUAAAGCAAUUUAUAUUUAAUUUUGUGGAGGGAUGGUGCGAAAGAUUUGUCAUUUUCAUUAAAUUUGCAAGAUCGUGUUAAAUUAAAAUUAUAUAUUUGAUUCUUAUACACAACACCCCCCCCCCCCUUAGAAACGAAGUCACAAGAGCGGGAGGUAAAUAUAUGGCAAAUUAUUUCUUUGAUGUGGACGUGUUUCAAUAGUCUUAUGCAUCAUUGGUAAUAUAUCUUAUGAUCGAAAAGAGAUCUAUUUAGGGCUGGAAUUAGGAUUACAUGUAGGAGUCAGUGUUACCAAGGAGUUUGGAGGAGUCUCCUCCCAACUCCCUGAUGUUAUCUAAUCCUUCCUCCUUGGGCAGCAAAGGGGUGGUUUGUUGUAGCCUUUGAUAAGCUGUGUAAGACCAAUGGUGUAUAUGACUUGAAUGUUGUGAUCAUUAUAUCGCUUGAAAAUCUGUAAUUGUGUUUGUAAUUGGAUGUAUAUGAAACUAAAAUGCUUCCAAGUAAUAUUGGUGUAUACAAUCUUCAUCUAAACACAUACUGUAUAUUCUAUUGAAGAAGAUUUAGUGUAAUUUGUAUUUUCAAUGUUUUUUGUGUUUUAAGAAAUGUAAAUAAAGGAAAAAAAAAAGAAAACAUGAUACUAUGGAUUGUGAACUGUUUGAAGUAAAGAUCAUUAAAGGAUUUGGAAUCACUAUCACAA